AGCACCACCACCUCGGCGCAUCAGCGAGUCUCUGCCCGGAUCCCUCCACCAUGCAUGGAGGCAAGAGGGGUCUGGUGGCUCCGCAAAACACUUUCCUGGAAAACAUCGUCAGGCGCUCGAGCGAAACCAGUUUCCUUUUGGGGAAUGCGCAGAUCCUAGAUUGGCCAGUUGUGUACAGCAACGAUGGAUUCUGCAAGCUGUCCGGUUACCACAGAGCUGAGGUCAUGCACAAGAGCAGCGCAUGCAACUUCAUGUACGGUGACCUGACUGACAAAAAGACUAUAGACAAAAUAAGGCAAACAUUUGACAGCCACGAGUCCAAUUUCCACGAGGUGCUUUUAUACACAAAAAACAGAACACCGAUAUGGCUUUACAUGCAGAUCGCACCGAUCAGGAAUGAAAAUGACAAGGUGGUGCUUUUCCUGUGCACCUUCAGAGACAUUACACUUUUUAAACAGCCAAUAGAAGAUGAUUCAGCCAGAGGUUGGACCAAAUUUGCCAGGCUCACAAGGGCACUCACCAACAAUCGUAACCUGGUGCAGCAGUUAGCGCCUCUGAACAAGCCUGAGGUCAGCCACAAGCCUUCCCGACUGGUUGAGGCUCUCCAGUUGGGUUCAGACAUCCUCCCUCAGUAUAAACAAGAAGCGCCCAAGACCCCUCCACACAUCAUCCUUCACUACUGCACCUUUAAGACCACAUGGGACUGGGUCAUCCUCAUCCUCACGUUCUACACGGCCAUCAUGGUUCCCUACAACGUUUCCUUCAGGACCAAGCACAACAACCUGGCCUGGCUGGUGGUGGACAGCGUGGUCGACGUCAUCUUCCUGAUCGACAUUGUGCUCAACUUCCACACUACCUUCGUAGGUCCGGCUGGAGAAGUCAUCUCGGACGCAAAGCUGAUCCGGAUGAAUUACCUGAAGACGUGGUUCGUCAUCGACCUGCUGUCUUGUCUGCCCUACGACAUCAUCAAUGCCUUUGAAAAUGUAGAGGAGGACGUCACUCCUCAUGCCUCCCCAGCAAGUCAUCUCCGUGACUUUUCAAAUUUCCACAGAAACACAACACGCGCAGAGGACUCUGUUCUUCCAGGUCUCAGCAGCCUUUUCAGCUCCCUGAAGGUGAUCCGCCUGCUGCGCUUGGGCCGAGUGGCCCGGAAGCUGGAUCACUACCUGGAGUACGGGGCGGCCGUCCUGGUCCUCCUGGUGUGUGUCUUUGGCCUGGUGGCCCACUGGCUCGCCUGCAUCUGGUACAGCAUCGGGGAUUACGAGGUCAUCGACGAGACCACCAACAGCAUCAAGACGGACAGCUGGCUCUACCAGCUGGCCCUGAGCAUCGGAAAGCCUUACCGGUACAACGCCAGCGGCACGGGUCGGUGGGAAGGCGGCCCCGGCAAAGACACCCUGUACGUUUCCUCUCUCUAUUUCACCAUGACGAGUCUCACCACCAUUGGAUUUGGCAAUAUUGCGCCAACAACAGAUGGAGAGAAGAUUUUCUCCGUGGCUAUGAUGAUGGUGGGCUCGCUGCUCUAUGCCACCAUCUUUGGAAACGUGACCACCAUCUUCCAGCAGAUGUACACCAACACAAACCGAUACCAUGAGAUGCUCAACAAUGUGCGCGACUUCCUCAAGCUUUAUCAGGUUCCCAAAGGUCUGAGCGAGCGGGUCAUGGACUUCAUCGUCUCCACCUGGGCCAUGUCUAAAGGCAUCGACACAGACAAGGUCCUCUCCAUCUGUCCUAAAGACAUGCGUGCCGACAUCUGUGUGCACCUCAACAGGCAGGUGUUCAACGACCAUCCGGCGUUUCGUCUGGCGAGCGACGGCUGCUUACGCUCCCUGGCCGUGGAGUUUCAGACGACGCACUGCGCGCCGGGAGACCUCAUCUUCCACAUCGGAGAGAGCGUCGACACGCUCUGCUUUGUUGUCUCCGGCUCCCUUGAAGUCAUCCAGGACGACGAGGUCAUCGCAAUACUCGGUAAAGGGGACGUGUUCGGAGACGUCUUCUGGAAAGAGACCACGCCGGCCCGGGCCUGCGCCAAUGUGCGAGCGCUGACCUACUGCGACCUCCACGUCAUCAGGAGAGAAGCUCUGAUGAGGGUGCUGGACUUUUACACCGCAUUUGCCAACUCCUUCUCCCGCAAUCUCAUCUUGACCUGUAACCUACGAAAACGGGUUAUCUUCAGGAAGAUCGCUGACGUGAAAAGAGAGCAGGAGCGGCAGAGGAGUGAGGUGGCGCUCUCCAUUCCAGAGGAUCACCCUGUUCGCAAGUUGUUCCAGAGGUUCAGGCAGCAGAGAGACUCUCAAGUGCCAGGAGAAACGCACCCUUACUCCGACCAAAACUGCAUCCAGAUGGAGCUGCAGCACCACCGUCACACUGACUCCAACUCCUGCAAUCAGCAGCAGGAGCACGGCACCACGCCACGCUCAGAAGCAGGAAGUGGAAGUAGGAGAGGCAGCACAACUUCUCCUCACCAAGAGUGCAAUGACUCUGCAAAGUCAGAGCAGUUAUGCACCCAAGUAACCAUGGAGUUGAGGCCUAGUCAGAGGAGUUUAAAACCUGCACAGAGUGGUGGGACGGGUGCAGGGGGAGCCAGCAGCAGAGGGGGGCGAGGGUGGGCGAGAUUCAAGAGCGCCGUAUCUGCUGAACCGGCGCUUCCUGCCGUUGAGCAGGAAAAAGACACACAGAAAGCGGAGGAGUGUCCGAAAGCACCACAGGCCUCAGAGGAGCCUGCAGCUUCUAAAAAGACCCAGGAAUCAGAAGGCGGAGGACAGACGGGGAGCACGGAGGGCGGCAACACGGCAGGAGAUGCAGGAGAGGAAACGAGCAUCCUGCACAAAACCGACUCCUGCGACAGCGGCAUCACAAAGAGUGACCUGCGCAUCGACCGAGCUGGAGAUUCCCGGAGCUCCUUUGAGCGGAGCCCAAUGGAAAAGAGCCCACUGGACAGGAGUCCCUUCGAGCACAGCCUGGGGGUUUACACAGAGGUGUCCCUGAGGCACUCCUUCCUCCAGCCGGUGUCUGAACAAUCCCUGCUCCAGACGACGCUGCACGAGGCCAAGCUGGAGCUGAAAGGAGACAUUAGGAAACUGAGCAGUCGACUGUCUCUCCUCGAGUCGCAAGUGAGCGAAGUCCUCAGGUUGCUGUCGUCCAAAAGGAGACUCUCGCUGCCUCCGACUUCUUCGAAGGCGAGAAUAAAAAGUCACGACAUGGUCAUGGCCUCUAGGGUCGUGGCACCGAAAGCAGAAGAGGAAUCUUUGUGACUUAGCAUCUGUAUAUUUUUGAUCAGCAACCUGCAUAUUUCUGCUGGACUGGAAGGCAUUUUAAACACUAAUAACGUGACUGCAUGCUAAUAUUACUUCAUGUAACCUAUGCAUCAAAUCCCAGGGAUUUUUCUCAGAAUUGUAUGCACUUUGUAUGGCAGUGUGAUGCCAAAAAGGCACAGAAACAAAUUAUGAACAAAAAAACAAGUAAAAAUGCAGCUGAUUGUUGGAACUUCUUAUGCAUUUUAAAGCACCACAUAAUCUGCUCUGCAGCUUUUAUGCAUGUUACUCCAGAGACGGUGUUUUUUUAAAAGGAUGGUCAACCAUCACUUUAGUUAAAAUGGACAUAAUAAGAAAACAUAAAAACUCCUUUCUUUUAUAGAAAACAAUGGUUAGUGUUUGAUAGAUGGCGAUGUCGCCAUUUCAUUUUAAGAUGCUUAGUUUUGCAAAUGUCGGGUGCUCAGAUUUGCAUGUUUACAAACCCAGCCCUAAUAGACCCACCACUCCCCAAACUGGUACAAAGGACCAUGACCUGGUUAGAGAUAAUAACAAGUGGCUAGAAGGAGGAAAUGCCACCUUAAUUGAGUGUUUACAGUGUUAUUAGAAGGAAUAAUGACACCAGUGGCAUGAAACAGAGAAAUCCUUUUCUCAUGACUAUAUAUUUGGUUACUUUAUUAACAUAAGACUGUUUGAUCUUGGCAUCAAAAAAUAAAAAACUAGAACAUAA